GCUGCGAUAUAAUUUGCGAAUUAUGAAUUUUUGCAAUAAAUUCCAAUUCACUAAUAAACUUUCAUCGCACAGUCUUAAAUUAUUACGCAGAUUUCUUAAAAUGUCUUGGCGUUCAGUUGGUGUAAAUAAUGCAGAUCUAAUAGAAAAAUUGAAAGAAUGUGGAAUUGUUGCAACUGAUAGCGUAGCUGCGGCAAUGACGGCUACGGAUCGUAAAUUUUAUGCACCUAGUAAUCCAUAUAUGGAUGCACCACAAGGUAUUGGCUAUGGUGUAACUAUUAGUGCACCACACAUGCACGCUUUUGCUUUGGAAUAUUUAAGGGAUCAUUUGACACCAGGAUGUCAUGUUUUAGAUGUGGGAUCGGGUUCGGGCUAUUUAACUGCUUGUUUUUAUCGCUACAUUGAGGGUCAAGGAGAAAAUACUAAUACAAAAGUGGUGGGUAUAGAACAUCGGCCAGAACUGGUUAGCAUUAGCAAGACAAAUCUGAACAAUGAUGAUCCCCAAAUGCUAAAGUCGGAAAAACUUGUUAUUGUGGAGGGUGAUGGAAGAAAAGGCUGGCCGGAAUAUUCUCCGUAUAACGCUAUACAUGUUGGCGCUGCAGCUCCUGACAAGCCUACAGCUUUAAUAAAACAAUUGGCUAAAGGUGGACGUCUAAUCGUACCAGUAGGUCCAGACCUUGGACAACAAUAUAUGAUGCAGUAUGAUAAAGACAAAGAUGGAAAUGUGAGUGAAACACGUUUGGUAGGCGUAAUGUAUGUUCCUUUGACUGAUUUGGAGCGUCAUUAAUAGGCAAAUAAAAUAAUUUAUUAAUAAAAUAUAACGAGAUUUAUAUAAUAUACAUAUAUAGAUAUAUGUAUCUAUAUAAUUAAUAGGUAAGACGAUUUCUUGUGUAUAUAAAUACAUACUUAUAAAUUUGUAUAAUAAAAUGUCGAGAACAAAUAUUUGAAAAA